CGGCACGCCUGGCUGUGGGGAAAUUCGGCUUUCGUCAGGCGGCCGCGCUCACAGAAGCCGCGUGACGCGGCGGGCAGCAGGAGGGGCCGCGGGGACCAGGCUCGCCGUGCGCUUCCCGCCUAGGGCUUCCCUGGGCGGUCGCCAGCCCAGUUCCGCAGCCUCACGGGCGGGAAAGGGGGCGGAGCACAGCCUUUUGUGGCCUGGGAAGGCGUGGCAGAAACCUGGAGGCCCCUGACAGCCGGUGUCACACGCGCUGUGCGCCGGGUUGUGAUCGCUGUCGCCGGAGCAGAGCGCAGCUGGAUGCGCGGCGCUCUGGAGCCCAGCCCGGACCUCUCCGUAGUGGUCGAAUUUGGGGGGACAUCUCCGUGCCUCUCCGUGCAGCUGCCGCCAGCAAGCCCUUCUGUCCCCCAUUAGAGAGGUCACAUGGGCCAUCACGAAGUCACCUGCCCGUGGAGGGACCACCUGUCUCGCCUCCAGGUGAGGACCUGGAUCGAGCCGGUGGUGGCCUCGACACAGAUGGCCGCCUCCCUCUACGACGCAGGGCUACUCCUGGUGGUGAAGGCGUCCUUCGGGGCCGGGAACUCCUCCAUCCACAACACCACCCCUUCUCCCCGGGGGGCUCAAGAGGACCAACAGCAGAUGGCCAUCUCCAAUUUCUACAUCAUCUACAACCUCGUGGUGGGCCUGACGCCCUUGCUGUCCGCCUAUGGGCUGGGCUGGCUCAGUGACCGUUACCACCGCAAGAUCUCCAUCGCAGUGUCGCUGCUGGGCUUCCUGCUGUCCCGCCUCGGACUGCUCCUCAAGGUGCUGCUGGACUGGCCGGUGGAGAUGCUGUAUGGGGCGGCGGCGCUGAACGGCCUGGGCGGCGGCUUCUCAGCCUACUGGUCUGGGGUCAUGGCCCUGGGAUCCCUGGGCUCCUCCGAGGGCCGCCGCUCCGUCCGCCUCAUCCUUAUCGACCUGAUCAUGGGCUUGGCAGGGUUCUGCGGCAGCAUGGCCUCGGGACAUCUCUUCAAGAAGAUGAUCGGGCACUCCGCGCAGGGCCUGGUGCUGACGGCCUGCAGUGUGUCUUUCGCCUCUUUUGCAUUUUUCUACAGCCUCUUGGUGCUGAAGGUCCCCGAGGCUGUGGCCAAGCCCAGCAAGGAGCUCCCCAGCGUGGACACUGUAUCUGGCACAGUGGGCACUUACCGCAUACUAGAUCCUGACCAGCUGGAUAAGCAGAGUAUAGUGGGGCACCCUUCAUCACCUGGAAAAGCAAAGUCCCCCAAAACCAUCAUCACCCUGCUCUUUGUGGGUGCCAUCAUGUAUGACCUGGCAGUGGUUGGCACAGUGGACGUGAUGGCCCUUUUUGUGCUGAGGGAGCCCCUGAGUUGGAACCAAGUGCAGGUGGGCUAUGGUAUGGCUUCCGGGUACACCAUCUUCAUCACCAGCUUCCUGGGUGUCCUGGUCUUCUCUCGAUACUUCCGGGACACCACCAUGAUCAUGAUUGGCAUGGUCUCCUUUGGGUCAGGAGCCCUCCUCUUGGCCUUUGUGAAAGAGACAUACAUGUUCUACAUUGCACGAGCAGUCAUGCUGUUUGCGCUCAUCCCCAUCACAACCAUCCGGUCAGCCAUGUCCAAGCUCAUCAAGGACUCAUCUUAUGGAAAGGUGUUCGUCAUACUGCAGCUGUCCUUGGCUCUGACUGGAGUGGUGACAUCCACUAUAUAUAACAAGAUCUAUCAGCUCACCAUGGACAAGUUUAUCGGCACCUGUUUUGCUCUCUCCUCCUUCAUCUCCUUCUUGGCCAUUGUCCCGAUUGGCAUUGUGGCCUAUAAACAAGUCCCAGGUUUGCAACAUGAAGACAGGACAGAGAAAUGAAGCUGCAGACCUGCAGGAGCUAAAAACACCAGCAGAGGCUAGAUCUUCCAGAAGACUAAUGAAGGGACCAGAAAGCUGGUGACCAAAGCAACUACUACUCAAGAAACCUACAUUCCAGCCCUAAUCUGCCUCCAGUGACUCUGGGUUAGGGUCCCAGGUGGAAGGGAAAAACACUUUCUGGGUGAUGGAAGAACUUUCUCAGUUUUCAGAUGCCCCUGUUAGGCAGAGGUUAAGUUCUGGGGGUACAGGAUGCCGUCCCAGCCCUAGAGAGGCCGUGGGCUCCAACCUCAGCUGCCAGCCCCCUUUCUUCAGGUACUGUCUUGAUGGCUCCAGCACAGGACUAAUUGGUCACCUGAGUGCUGUGCCUGAAGUUCCAUGGAAGGCCUGUGUUUUUAACAGCCUGAAGGAAAGGAAUGUUUUAUAAAGAACCAGCAGUUUUGGAUGAACAAGGUCUUUGAAAUUAAAAUAAAACCUUGAAAAAAAUGUCAGCCUUCUUUUCUGGGGCCUCAUUAGCCAUGGAAAUCCAAGAGAAAUGGAGCUGCUGGGUAGUGUUGUUGCCAUGGUUGUUUCUGAGAGCAAAAAGUUUCAUUAACAGAACAGUCAGUUGAGUACUUUCAACCAGCAAUACUUUCCAAAGUGGGUGGUGUAAAGGAAGAAGCUCUAUAAAAACCAUUUAAUUUCAAGGUAUUUAUUUUUAUUAUCUAUUUUGCUUACAUAUUAAAAACAGGCUCACCUCUCAAAUCAGCA